GUGAUUCGGUGAGUGUGCUCUUUUCAAACAUGGAGAGGUUAUUUGUUUGAAAUAAUAUGUGGGAUUUAGGAAAUCGGAGUGUCGUUGCGUUAGUAAGUGUGCUGAGUGGAUGUGUGUUCCUGUACAACGUUUGGGGACCGAUCCUGAUUCUAACAAUUCUGCUUCUUCUCACUAUUUACGCGUGCUAUUCUUUGAUCACCAACAACAGCUUAUUGUCGCCGCACGCGUUCUUUCUUUUCGAUUAUUGCGUGCGCGUCUUUCUUGAAGUUCGUACAAGCUUCGAGAGUAUCGUCGACUACGUAUAUCGGUGCUCUCGUAUGUUCCGGGAGAGUGUAAGUCAUCGUUUUCUGGAGCUGUACCCAACACAGACCAGGAUGGAAAGACGUCGUGGAACGCAUUACCAACUUAGCACCGAUCCAUGUCCGACCAGAAGAAACUCGUCGAAAUUCGACUUGAUAGCACAGCUCAGUCCAAUACUGAACAAUGCUCAAACAUUAAAUGUCAACGACUUCACGUCCGAGAAAAAGCUUUGUCACAAUUCUAACCAUAUUUUGUAUGCGCACAGUCCCUUUACUAAACAUACAUCUACACCAAUGUUUCCACGAAAUAAAGAAGAAUAUGAAAACGAGGGAGUUCGAUCCGUAUCAACUGAUCAAAGUCCAUCCAGGAGUACACCUCCUGAGUGUUUGCAUCAUCAUAGUUCAACACAAAGGGAAGACACAUCAUACUUUGCUCCGGAAGCAUCAUCGUGGGGUACUAUCAUUAGCCCAAGAGCACAUCCAAAAACAAACACUUCAAAAUCUUCCCCUCUGAUGGGUGGACCUUUAUCUACAUCAUCCAGGUACAAUAUCGAUCCAAGAGUUUACAAUGAUGUAACUUCUCCUGGACUUACAACUCGAUUAACAAAGUACGCAGCAGAAGCUAACAACAGAUUGACUCAUCAAUCUCAGUAUCGUGUUGGGCAGUUUCCAAAAGUAAACCUUCAGGGUAAUCCAGUUCCAUUAAUAAACGCGAAAUGCGUAAAACAAAGAACACCGGUGAUCGUCAGAGUGGCUCCGCCAGACGCGGUUCGAUAUUCUCCACCGGGAAAGCAGAAAAUAUUGUCGAACCUGUGCGGUACGGACGAUAGCCUUGUUUCGGGUAGCGUUCCUCAGGCUCUCAGGGAGGUAUCGUUGAAGAGACACGCAUCGAGAGAGGACGUUACUUCCGACUUGGCGAAGAAGCAACGGAUAAGCGGUAUUCCGAUAAACGAAUUCGAGAUGCAGGAUGAAACGAAGCAAAAAAGGAGCAGAGAGGAGUCCUCGAAAUCGGAAGAAGAUACUUCACCACAAAAUAAAACCGCCAGACCCGCUAAGCGAACCAAGACACCUUCCUGUUACGACAUUUUAAACUCGUUCAGUUCCAGCAAGCACGUAGCUUCCGGCAUCAAAAGGAAAGCUAGAGAUCUUUCGCGUAGCGGUACGCCAGAUUUUGAGAAACAUUUCAAGUCAUUGGAAUCUGUGCCGAGUUCCAGCGUGCAAGCGUUACCGGAAACAGAAAAUACAAAUGUAAAGUAUUGUGUCCGUGAAACGACGGAAAAGGAAAGCUCAAAUGUAGGAAAUUCUCUGGAUAAAAGACAGGAGAAAUCGUCACCGCUAAAAGGAAUUUUAAAAACGAACGCGAAAACACUGGAGGCGGACUCACACGAUCGAGAAUGUAGUGCGGAGCAUAGAAAUUGGUAUAACGAAGAAACUAGAGACACGGAGUCUGUUGUCUCGGUUGAAUCGUCAAAAUUGACCAACAAACUAUUUAUGAGAGCAGAACCGGAAAGAAACGAAAAAUUAAGAAUGUUGGUCGAAGAGCAAGGUAAUAUUAGAGCGAAGUUCACUACGGACGAUGUAGAAGAGAUAAAGAAGGAGGACAUAGCGGAUAUGAGGCAAACCAGCAUGAAGGCGAGGCUUCAAAGCAUGUUCGACGCCAUAUCCGGUAAAGCAACUAGUAAAAUCAAUCCGGACGUGGUGAUUCAAGCGGAAGAAGUAAACUCAGUCAAGUCCGUCCCGUGUCCGGUGACCUGUGCCACUCUUAAUUCUUCGACAACCACAACGAAUGUAAAUACCACGCCUAUUUCUACAUCGGCCGUCGCACCUAGCCCAGGGACUAAGUCUCCGAAGCACGUAGCUUUCAAUCUACCGACCAAAGAAACCUCGUCGAAUUCCAGCGUUUCAAGUGCCAACGUUUCCGGAACAAAAAUCGAAAACGUUACAGUUUCUGAACCGAACGCGGUGUCCGAUGGGACAUCCGGAACUACGUUUACGGUCACGUCCGGAAAUCCGAUUCUUUCACCCUCUGUGAGCGUACAGGCGACGAGUUCGAAUUCAACCGUUCAGAAUUUCGAGCUUUCCAGGACAACUGUCGUUAGGACGACAAUUAUUUCGUCACCCGGGACAUUUACAUUUGGCAAUGUUCCUUCAAAUCAUCAAGUUUCUACAUCCACAGCUCCUUUGAUUUCCGCUUCCACGAUGUCCUCGCCAAAUACAUUCGGGAACAUUUCUGGCGCAACGUUCAAGCCUUCAGCCGUUCCAGUGAUCACACCAGCCCCUGUUGAAUCAAAAACCAACACGAAUAGUCGGAUAUGUGAUUCGCAAGCGGUGGGAAAAGUUUCGUCGGUUUCGAAUACGGCGCACGGAAGCAAGAACGCGACUUUCACUUCGGCGAUUCCGACUGCCGUGAUUUCAACUGUACCGACCACCAAUACCGUAGAAAGAAAAGGGCAAAAUAUACUAGCAGCGAGUGCGUCUGCAACAACGGGAUCUUCGAUAGUUACGACCAGCACGGCACCGAUAUCGUUGUUUACGUUCGGAAAUAAAAACAUCAUCGUACCGCCUAUGAAACCUGAAACCGGUUACUUGUUUGGCUCUAGAGAAACCACCCCGCAAAGCAACGUUAAGGUUGGAGAUGUAUCGAACUCUCAACUGGCUCCGACGUCGGGUACGAACCAAGCAUCUUUGCAGUCUGGCUCUUCAUCGAAUACCUUACCCACCAUCGGAUUCGAAUCAGUCGCAAAAACCACUGUGCCCCCAUUUGGCUCGACUGUCACUUCGACCUUUUCAUUUGGCGCAGUUACUUCGACUACAUCGCAGAAUAAACAUGGUUUUACUUUUGGUGGCACAGUGGCCACCACCGCGAACACCAACGUGUUAACACGAACAUCGAACCCAAUUGUAUUCGGCGGUUCCGGCAACACGAGCACAAACACGGACGGAACGUUUGGAAGUUCGUUAACCAGUUGUAGUGGCAGCGGCAUCAGCAGCUGCAGCAGCAGCAGCAGCAGUGCACAGUUCAGUCCGAGUGUUACCUCGAUAUUCGGGAACGCGGUAACUACAUUGACAGGGUCAGUGUUCGGAACGACAAACAGUCGGCCAGUAUUUGGUACUCCUUUGACUUUACCUACAACUGGUAGCGGGGGUAUCUUUGUCGCUCCGAGUACGUCCGCUCCAGCCCUUUUUAGUACAAGCGCUAUCACAACUUCCGCCAGUUCUACGUCUAUUUUUUCAAAUACUUCGACUACGCCUUCGUCGGGAGUAACAUGUACGAGUUCCCCUUCUAUAUUUGGCUCCAUCGCGAACAAAUCCGCUUCAGGAGGAACCGGAACUGGAACUGGAACUGGAACUGGAACUGGAACUGGAACUGGAACUGGAACAAGCAGUAAUUUAUUCUCUAGUGCGAACACGGCAACCACGUUUAGAACAACGGAAAAUAUCUUUGGCCUAGCUCAGUUUCAGCCUGGGAAUUUUAAAAAUACAACAGGCACGUUUGGCAGUAACGUCACUCCAUUGUUCGGACCGCAAUCGACAACAAUCGGCACGUUCGGCACCACGAGUACUUCGAGCAACGCUGUUACGCCAAUAUUCGGUUCUACGAUCGGCUCUAUAGCAGCGUCACAAACUUUCGGCAACAGGGCUACCGCGUUUGGCACAGAGUCCGCGCCCGCAACUUCCGUGUUCGGGACUACUAACGGAGGGGUCUUCAAUCCGUCUACCUCAAACAGUUUUACGGGACAGAGCGUGACGAAUGCGGCGUUUGUUGCAUCGGUCAACACUUCCGGCCCGGUUCUUGCUCCCACUCCCGCGUUCGGCGACAACAAAGCAUCAUUGCCGUUUGGUCAAGUCACACCGUUUAACGCAUCGAAUGUGUCUACAACCGCAUUUGGAUCCGGAAACGUAAAUACCGGGAACAACAACAACAACAACAACAACACCGGUAUAUUCACCUUUGGCGCAAACCAAAAGCCAGUCCAGCAAGUGACCACCCUCCCCUUUAGCGGUAACAACAACGCAUCGAACAGCCACACCGCCGCACCGGCGUCUACAACUUUUCAAUUCAAUGCAACCACUUCAAAGCCAGCUGCAGGAUUCAAUUUUUCCGCACCACCGACGACGCCAACCAUCAAUUUCGGGACAACUAGUGCACCGACGUUCAACGCGUCGACGCCCGGCAUGUUCAGCAUUGGGAGUGGAUCCACCGCGCCUAGAUCGAGAAACGUUCGAACGAGGAAACCGAGAUGAUUGAGAAUGUAAAUCUAUUCAUCGAGACGGCACUCGAUUUCUCAGCUACGUUACGAUCAAGAAUCCGCUCGUGGUUUCGUCAAUUCCAAUACCACGGAAUUACAUCGAUAAGAAACGACGCGUCGAUACUGUUUCAGUUUCAAAACGAACCACUUAUUCAACCAAUGACUAGUUAUCGUUUUAAAAUACAUCUACCGUCAUUGUUAAUUGUAUUCACUUUGUACAUAGGAAAACGUUAAAGCAGAUUUUUAUCUAUCACUGUUUUAAACUCUGCUUCACUCAUUCCAACAGGAAAAAAGAACUGACAGGAAAAUGCGCUGUAUUCACGAAAUGUACAAUUUAAAAAAACGUCGUAAAUACGAACGCCGACACUUUUCGAGUUUCACCUUA